AUGAGCCCCGCUCGUGAACAACGUAAACCGAGCUUUGUGCAACCGACGGUGGCUUCUGGAGCUCGCGACCGAACCCCUCGACCUGUUCUCCCUCGAAAUCUUAACAGUCAGGACACGCCCGCAGAAAGAGAUGCACGUCGACGACAAGCCGCAAUUAGCAGAGAACAUCGAUCUAUUCGUCGCGGCGGUGGCGAGCCUUCACCCACGCCCAAUCUAGAGGAACCCUUAUGGACUACACAAACUCAGUCUUCUCUAGAGGGCAGGGAACCUUCCAGCCAGCGUUCAUCGCUCGGGACAUCGACGUCUCUCCGUCCUAAUACGUGCCGUUUCAACUAUCCGGCCGCCCUUCGCCAAGAGCCGGCGGUCGAGAAGGCCAUGGGUAGUAGUUAUCUACGUUUUCAGCCGGUGCGAAACGACGGCCGACUCAACAACUACAACCGCCUCGUGAGUCUGGCCUGGCUUGCCAAUACCGAUAUCGCUCCUUGCACUGGUUCGCGUGCGGUCCUCAAUUACAUUGGUAAGUACUGUACCAAGGCUGAGCAGAAAUCCGAGAACUAUCGGCAGGUGAUUCAGCACCUUCUUCCGAAUUUGAAUGUCACGAAACCUCUGCUGUCGCUCGUGUCGAAGACGAUGAAUCGACUCAUCGGCGAGCGAGAUUGGUCGGCACAGGAAGUCUGCCAUCUGCUGCUUGACCUUCCGCUGCAGAUAGCCAGUCGAGUGGUUCUGCUCGUCGACUGUCAUCCGGAAUCACACCAAGCGACGACUUAUUGCCUAGAGGAAGACGGUGAGUCUCUCAAACGAGGCCAAUCUCCCCUGGAGAGGUACAAACUCCGGCCCGAGGAGCCAAAAGACUUAGCCUACCUCAGGGUUUUCCGUCUCUAUGACUUUCGUGGUCCUCCGGAAAAGAUGACACUUCGUCCCCGUGUAUUACCCCGUAUCCUCAAUUACUUCCCUCACUACAGACCGACGGUGGACGUGGAGGAAUAUGCCCGUGUAAAGCUAACACUCCAUGUUCCCUUUCGAGCCGUGGAUGACUUGCUUCGUCUUGAUAACUGUGAUCCCCCUUUUGCGUCUUUUGCUGAUGCAUGGAGCUACUGGCAAGUGACCCAUUCGCACAAUGCGGAGAGUGACUACAUGGAGGAGCCACCUCCCGAACCCGAGGAAGAUGAUUUCGAGGAUCUUCACGUCGAUGACGACGCCGACGCUCAAGCUUCAUGGGAAUUGCUUGCCCAGCAACUUCCUGAUCAUGAUGCCGCCGUCCGGUUGGAAGAUCCAGACAAGCUAGGUGAUCGUGACCUUGAUCGCUCGUAUGAUUGGAGCCCUCACGUGGGUCGAUAUCCCACCCUUUCUGACGACUUUUGGAAGCAAAUGAAGGUGACAUCUCCGGCUCACUUGGCCGCCAUCUCAUCGGCUAAUCCCGAUGAACUCGAGGUGAAACAGCGACAGCUGUUUAACCAUAUCGUCAGUUAUUACAGUCGAGUUCGGGCCGGGCGAGAUUUCUACUACGGUGCCGUCAGCUGUUCUCGGAUACAGUUCCCCAUCACCAAUGCCGCUGCGAUCACGGUCCAUAAGGCGCAAGGAAUGACGGUGAAAAAGGCCGUCCUGAACCUCACGGCUCGUGAUUUUGUGGCGGGUCUCAGCUACGUCGCGGUGUCCCGCGUCAAGUCACUCCGAGGUAUCCUAUUCGAAGAGCCUUUUGAUUUCGAGUGUUUUCGAGUGAGAAUAUCUGACACGGUCAAAUCACGCCUAGCCGAUCGAGAACGACGUCGUCCCGAGCAUGUUGGCUGGACUGCACGGGAAGAGCGUGAUAUUCCUCUCCGCAGCAGUCCUCCGCCUAUUCCGUCCUCGCCAAUGGGCCCGCCUCAAUCCUAG